GAGAAUGACUCAGUAAGAUAAAGAUACUUUAUCCAGUAUAUAUAUACAUAUAUUUAUAUAUAAUAUAAAUACGGUAAAUAUUCAAGGGUAAACUGAUGACCUUUCCCGCAAAUGUCAUAAAUUCAAUAUUUGCUUCAUUUGUUUAACUGAGAUGAAAGAAUGGUAUAGAACACCUUAUAAAAAUGAUAACGAUUUUAAUAUUAAAUCAAAAUACAAUGAGUAUAAACAACUAGUUUGCAAUGAUUCAAGAGUUAGUGGUAUAGCUGAAUCGACUAGUUUUGAAUAUUGGAUAUUACCGGAUCUGACUAUAUUAGAGGAUGGCGAUAGUGUUUUAUUUCCAACUCUUGAUGGAAUUGCUUAUUGGAAUGUAACAAAUAACGGUUUUAUUUUAAAUAUUGGCUUAGUUCAGGAAAGGCACUUUGGAUUUUACCACUGCGUUGUUAAAGUUGGAAAUGACGGUAAAAAGAUAAUUGUGAAAAAAGCUCUCAACUAUCAUGGAGCUUACUUUGGUAAUUUAUGGUCGACUUAUAAAAAAAAUACCAUGAUUGGAGGUAUUGCGGGUGGUAGUAUGGCACUAAUCUUAAUAGUAUGUUCUAUAAUUUACACUCUAAAGUUUGAGGACAAGGACAAUGAAAUUCAGCCAGACAACGAUACUGGAUCCAUAAAAGAAGAAACUAAUAAUGCUUCAUACACUAAUGAAGGUUAUGAAGUGACUGUAAUGUAAACACGAUAAGAAACGAUCCUAAAAGAUUAUAUCUUUCUGCAUCAUUAUUAAAUUAUCUCUUCCUCUUUUUCAAUGACUAAAUACAAUAUUUAAUAAAAACGAACAAAUUCUAUCCAUGUUUCUUUAUUCUU